CAUUAGUAGUCAUUAUUAGUCAUUACUAGUCAUUAUUAAUCUCUGCCAAUCUCUAUUAUAAGGUUAUCAUUCACUAACUAUCACUAUCAAUCCUUUUUCAUUCUUUAAUCUGUCUUUUAUAUGUCCUCAUAUGGCGUGAUGACGCUUCGGCGGACACUCCGGCGGUCAGCUCUGCUGACACAAACUUCAUCAUGAGCCUAGAAACCCUUUCGCCUUAAUAAAUCCCGACAGAAAGCAUGUACACGUAUACGUGUACAAUGCCAGCUAUAUGUAGCUCUAACGCCCACAGACUUCUUUGUGAAACCACGCAUGCUAUUGAAUUGCUCCUCUUUAUUUUAUUUUUAUAUUUAGGCUACCCGUAUUCUGGUCAGUUGGGUAUGUGCCACCGGAUGCGCUCGCUUAUAUAGCGCGAAAUUUUCGCCCAUAAACUAGUGACAAUGAGCGCACUUCUGUUAUACGUAAUCAGAGAAUAAAUUCAAGGCAGAGGGUUGGCCAAUGUUCUACCUUUUAUGUCGUCCUUUUGUCUCUGCACCUCUUUUCAUUUUUCUUACGCGCUGCAACAUAUCUUUGCCAGAAAAUACAUAACGACAUAAAACCUGCACGUAUAAUAUCGGCUAAUGGGUAUCGCACGCGCCGCUCAAUGGAACAGUACAUGAUAUUCAACGGCUUCUUUGAUUUUCUCACAUUUGAUAUCCCAGAAUCAUAGCCCACUGGGUAUGUGCUCAUUCUUGGGCAAUCUCGCAGAAUGGGUUUGUACCACUACCUCCCAAUGGGCACGGAAGCCUUACAUAUAUUUAGAUGUGUGUCGUACUUCUCUACGCACGCACCUUUCAUCAACAUCCUUCUGCCGACAAGUAUCAUACGUCGCCUUCGCGGCACAGAGCUAAGAGCUACAGGUGACGAGUCAUUCGCUACUGGCACGAAGCUAACAAGCUUCACGUCAGUGGGGUUUUAACAUUGCGUUGGGUCCGCAUGGUUUCUUCAACUUGCUUUUUCAACUGUUCUUCAACUGCGUAGCGUUGCAAGUUGCAACACUACGACAUUAGGAAAUAUGAAAGCUUAUUAAUCCCUUUAUGUAGCGAGCUUCGUAAUUUUUGAACAAAAGAAGCACGCGCAGCUGAAACUUCAUUUUGUGUCUCAGGCAGUUCUAUUACAGCACAUUUUAUUGCAGCGCACGCUCAGAUACUGUCACAAGCAACCAACACAGGGACAUGGUUAGGGUGCUCGCGUGGAGUCGCGUCUGGUGCUUUUUUUUUUUUUUUUCUGGAUGCAGUUUGUCGCGCGACAAACGUCUUCGCCGUCGUCAUAGUCAAUCGCGGCAGCAGCAUUAGCAUCGAUGCCGGUGGCACAGCAGGAGCUGGCUCGAGCUGCGUGCUGGGCGUUCGAUCAGAUCCCUCAGAUUUUUAGCAGCGAGCAGGUCGUCAGCAGUCACCAUGGCGGAUGUCCUGGCCAAGGGAGGUUGCGGAGAUACCCUGGAGCCGAUCGAGACCUCGAAGACGGAGGGCAGUGAUAUCUCCGUCGACUCUCAGCAGCAGCUGAGCCCAUCGUCUUUGAAGCGGCACCUGCGGAAGGCCUACGGCCGCCGGCCCAUGGAGCUCGUGAGCCGAUACUUCCGAGCCAUCUUCGACCUGGCGGCCUACGCCAACAAGGCGGCGUUCCUGGCACGCUGCCGCGCCACGCGGGUCGUACCGCCAGACUACCGCGUCGAGUGCCGCGAUAUCAAAAACACUCGCCACAUCGUCCGCAUCCUGGACAAGUGCAGUUACAAGCUCAUGCUGGCCGACCUGGACUACAACCGUAUGCGCAAGGUGCAGGUGUCGCGCCUUCUGGAGCUACUCCACGAGAAACUCGAGAAGGCCCUGUCUCCCGAAGAUCUCCAUAACGUGUUGGCCCUGUCCAAGGCCAAGUACGAGAAAAUCUUCGAGGCCACCCGAGAGCAGCAGCGCAGCUUGUUCACCGAGCUACUCAAGGAGUACGAGAUCAACGCGAAGGAAGAAGGAGAGAACGAGGAGUGACGCCGAAGCGGAAGUGGCUUCACCCAAGCACCCGAGGCUGUCCAGACUUCAGUCACCACCUUUUUUUUUUCUUUUUUAUGUUUGGUCGCCAUGAAGAGAUGUCCAUUCCGUUAACCAGAGUGCACAAGCCCAAGUAUGUAAGUGCUUCUGACGUGCAGAGCUCGGCAACCGCAACGGUUAGGUUAAUGAGGGCAACUUCAAUGACAUUUGUUAGUGUGGACUCCAUGUAGCCAAGAAGCUUUGUUUUUACCAUGUAUUUGUUAGUUUGUGACCAAGAAGCUCUGUUAUGUUUUUACCGUGUAUUUCUUACAGUUUGUGCCCAUUAAAGUUCAUUCUUACAAUACAAGGCUUGCUUAAAUGCACUAAAUGAUUGUCCACGAGCAGUCAGACAAUCAGAGCUCAUGAGUGACUUCUUCCUUUACCGCCUAUUCAGCAGAUGCCAUGAGUUGUUCCUGCGGUCUUUGACUUAGGU